GUAAGCGGACGUCUUUUAUUUCUCUCAUCAAGUCUUUAGCUUUAGCACUUAGCUGCAGUCAGCAAACAUUCUACCUCUCCUCCAGCACAUACAGUCAGAAUAUGUCCUCGUUGUUUUGGAAUUGAACACUAACUGAAAGGAUUAUUAUUAUUAUUUUUAAUAAUGUACAGUCAUUUUCCUCUCUAUGAAUGCUGGAUGAUUUUAUAUUGGAACAUAUCUCCACGUAACCUUCACAAUCUUAACGCUAAUCCAAGGCGAUUCCCACGACACGAAGCACUUACAACUGGAACAUUUAUUGUGAACACAAAGGAUGUUUCUUUGCCACACGAUCUCAUGAGAGUGAUCAUCAAAUUGUGUAUUUUUAUUAUAUUUAUUCAAGCAAAGUCAAUCAAGCUCGGAAAUGAAAUGAAAAAGUAGCAUUGGUUACAAAAAUUAAAUUACCGUAUUUCCUUGAUUUAAAACCUCUUCUCACUCCGGCGUUUACCAAAGGCAUGCGGUAAAUUUAGGCCUGUGCUUAUAAAUUUGAGUGUGAUGUAAGGAUAACAUCAUGAAAAGCACAUUUAAUUAAAUAAAACGUUAUUAUGUUCUUACCUUUACUUAUAAAUUAAAUCCAUGUGCAGCUCCUUCUGAUCAAAAGCAUCGAUAACUUGUUUAUAGAAGUCUUCCUUAUCUUUCUUCAGUUUUAAAAGUCUCUCUGUCUCGAUGGAGAUCGUCCUUUAUUACCUCCUGCUUCCAUUGAAAGUCCAGUUUAGAAAACUUUUACUUUAGAUAUGUAAUCCUCCAUGUUAAAAGUGCAAGCGAGAGGAAAAAAUGAACCCUUGCUGCUUGUUGUCACUUCUUCUGCAGCCGAGUAGUCGCAAGAAGGAUCACUAGCGCCCUCUACCACCAGGAGGCGGGAGUCAUUUAAUGACUCAUAUUUGACACAUGCAGCUACGGUGUAUUAAUAAAACAUAGCUGCUUACUGUUCUUUUUAGCAUAUUCAAUAGCUUGGACCUUAAAUCCUACUGAAUAGCUCUUAAUCUUCUUCCUUUUAUGCAAAUUCAGAUGAUUGAAAUCAGCCUCCUCCAUUUUGAAAAUGAUGACAGGUGAAGUGUCACUCGUGACGUGACGAGUUUGACCCGGUGGAAAUUCUAGGCUUAUGCUAAUUAUUUGGAUAAACGAGUUUGACACGGCGGAAAUUCUAGACAUGCGCUAAUUAAAAUUAUAUUUUGCGAACCGAGUUUGACCCGGCAGUAAUUCUGGGCAGGCGCUACUAUAUUCCCGGCGGCAAUUCAAGGAAAUACGGUAUAUGUUUUGUAUUCAAGUCAACAAUGCUCUCAGAAUAAAAUAAAGCAGAAAAAUAAUAUAUCGUAAUAUCCUUAUCGCCCUUUCUUCUGAUGUAUCUGACCAAAGUCCACAGUGGUUGCUUUGGGUUCUGUGGACAAUUAGACCCAAUUGUAGCAAGUUGUGAUCGGUCCUUGGGUUGCCGGAACAUUGAGAGACUUUCUCUUAAAUUCCCCCUUUGGAAACCUGUUUGAAUAAUUUUUGUUGUUGUUUUAUUUUAUUUUUUAGAUCACAUAGCUAGAAACGAUGUUUUAUUUAGUUUAGCUCCUCCCACAACACUAACGAUUCUAAGCCUUCUUUUUUCUUACACUCGUUGGCUGCUUGCCUUCACUGUGAACCACACACACAUGCAGUAGGGAGAGAUUUAUACGGCCCAAUUCCUGGGUGGAUCUCACGUGACAGGAAGGGGGGUCAAUCAUUUUGCAAUGCAGUCUGCUGAAAAUGAUGGCAAGCGCCACUUUACCGAGUAAAAUUGGAAUUUGCCACAAAACACAUUUUUUAAGACGAACGCUAAAUUUUGUCACGUUUCAUGUGUCAGGUGACCCGCCAUGGAUGGGGGGGCCGCAUGCAUCCCCCCUUCUUGCUGCACGCACUUUUAGUCAGCAUCACGAUUGCUCGCUCUCCUCAUGUUUAGUCGGACACCUUUGGCUCUUAAAUUCGUUAAAAACAUUAAAAGUACACAUUUGUUUUUGAAUAUGAAAAAAAAAAAUUCCUCACCACUUUUUGUUUUGUGGGAAACUGCAGUUCACAAAAUUGACCACCAGGCGGCCCAAAGACACUAUGAAACAACAACUCAUUGAUUCAUGUGAAAUAUUGCCACCAAUACACAAAGUCAACGUAGGUUAUUGGCGAUAACAACGUGGUAUUUAAAUCACGCAAAUGGUCUUCUCGCCGCUUAUAAAUGGUAGUUGCCGCCUUUUUAAAUACCGUAUUUUCUUGAAUUGCUGCCGGGGCGCUAAUUAUUUUAAAACCUCUUCUCACUCCGGCACUUACAGAAAGGCAUGCGGUAAAUUUAGGCCUGCGCUUAAUAAUUUGAGUGUGAUGUAAGGAUACCAUCAUGAAAAGCGAAUUUAAUAAAAAAAACUUUAUCGUCUUACCUUUACUUAUAAAUGAAGUCCAUGCACAGCUCCUUCUGAUCAAAAGCAUCGAUAACUUGUUUAUAGAAGUCUUCCUUAUCUUUCUUCAGUUUUAAAAGUCUCUCUGUCUCGAUGGAGAUCUUCCUUUAUUACCUCCUGCUUCCAUUGAAAGUCCAGUUUAGAAAACGGUUUUAUUUUAGAUAUGUAAUCCUCCAUGUUAAAAGUGCAAGCGAGAGGAAAAAUAAGCGAUUGCUGCUUGUUGUCACUUCUUCUGCAGCCGAGUAGUCGCAAGAAGGAUCACUAGCGCCCUCUACCACCAGGAGGCGGGAGUCAUUUAAUGACUCGUAUUUGACACACGCAGCUACGGUAUAUUAAUAAAACAUAGCUGCUUACUGUUCUUUUUAGCAUAUUCAAUAGCUUGGACCUUAAAUCCUACUGAAUAGCUCUUAAUCUUCUUCCCUUUAUGCGAUUUCAAAUGAUUGAAAUCAGCCUCCUCCAUUUUGAAAAUGAUGACAGGUGAAGUGUCACUCGUGACGUGACGAGUUUGACCCGGUGGAAAUUCUAGGCAUAUGCUAAUUAUUUGGCGAAACAAGUUUGGAAAUUCUAGACAUGCGCUAAUAAAAAUAAUAUUUUGCGAAUUGUAAUUGUAGGCAGGCACAUACUAUCUACCCGGCGACAAUUCAAGGAAAUACAGUAAUUAAAGGGAAGUUGCAGAAAAUGAUAGCAAAUAGACAAAGUUGUUUUUGGAACCUGAGGAGAGCAAAGUGAUGACUUUUAGGAGGCUUUUCUUCUGCUACCUCUUUUUUGCUCACGCACUUACUUCGUGGACACACACUCUUUCUCUACUGUGUGUGUGUGUGUUGUGUUACUUAGUGCACACACUCUCUUUCUCUACUGUGUGUUGUGUUACUUAGUGCACACACUCUUUCUCUACUGUGUGUUGUGUUACUUAGUGCACACACUUUCUCUACUGUGUUGUGUUACUUAGUGCACACACUUUCUCUACUGUGUUGUGUUACUUAGUGCACACACUUUCUCUACUGUGUUGUGUUACUUAGUGCACACACUUUCUCUACUGUGUUGUGUUACUUAGUGCACACACUUUCUCUACUGUGUGUUGUGUUACUUAGUGCACACACUCUUACUGUGUGUUGUGUUACUUAGUGCACACAUUCUCUUUCUCUACUGUGUGUUGUGUUACUUAGUGCACACAUUCUCUUUCUCUACUGUGUGUUGUGUUACUUAGUGCACACACUCUCUUUCUCUACUGUGUGUUGUGUUACUUAGUGCACACACUCUCUUUCUCUACUGUGUGUUGUGUUACUUAGUGCACACACUCUCUUUCUCUACUGUGUGUUGUGUUACUUAGUGCACACACUCUCUUUCUCUACUGUGUGUUGUGUUACUUAGUGCACACACUCUCUUUCUCUACCGUGUGUUGUGUUACUUAGUGCAUACACUCUUACUGUGUUGCGUUACUUAGUGCACACACUCUUUCUCUACUGUGUGUUGUGUUACUUAGUGCACACACUCUUUCUCUACUGUGUGUUGUGUUACUUAGUGCACACACUCUCUUUCUCUACUGUGUGUUGUGUUACUUAGUGCACACACUCUCUUUCUCUACUCUGUGUGUGUUACUUAGUGCACACACUCUUAUUGUGUUGUGUGUGGUUUGACCUUCACCAGCAGAUCUUUGCCAGCGAUGCACUUCUCUUUGUGUUUGUCCAUUCGCACGCAGCCUCCAAACGAAGCUGCGACCUCAGCUGUGUUGUACCUCGCUGUGCCUCCAACCCGCGGCCUUAUUUUGGGACGAUAUCAGGGGUUUUAAUGCAGGACCAUCUCGUCUGUGGACACUUUCACUUUCUUUCUCCGAUACGAUCACUUGAUUGAGUUUCUAUAUUUUUAUGGAAAUCCUCAUUUUUCAAAGUCAUGUAGUAGAAAUGAGGCCUGGUGAAAAGAGUACUUUUGCUUUUCAGUCCCGAGUAGGUUUUAUUGACACUUUCACGCCACCAUGCAGUAAAUCUAAACAUACCUCAUCGCAUUCUUACUUUUCCACAUCACACAGUUGCCAUGGUUACCCUCACGCUAGAGGGCGCGCUCUACGACAGGAUGUACUUUUUAUACGUACAGGAAGUCAAACGUCUGUUCUUUUUUUGUCGGGAUGUUCUUUCCUCCUCGCAGUUAAUCCAUUGUACUUUGAUGACAUGCAUUGUAUUUACUUAUACAAAAAAAUACAAGCGAUAAUAAAUGUCGCGCAAAUCACAAAUAAAGCAGCUGUACAUAAUGAUGCAAAAUCA